GCUCGGCAUAUCAUAUUCGAUUAAUCGAAGACCAUCGAUACACAAGACUCACAACACAACAUGUCCGCGCGGAGUAGAGGCCGCGCAAAUCCCAACCACGACGCAGAUGAGGAGCGCCGGCUGUGGAAGGAGAUUACCGACAGGGCGAAGGAGGUCGAUGCUAUGGUGGCCAGGUCAAAUGACAUCGGCGAGGAGAUCUUGCAAGCCGAGACGCAGCAGGCGGCUUUGAUACACGCUGGGAAGUCGAGCGACGCAGCCCUCGAUGAGAGACUGGAGAAGCUGUAUCGCGAGAAUGUCAAGAUCUGUGAAGACGUAGCCCACAUUAUCGAGGGCAAGUCAAUCGACAUGAAUCUUCUCGACAGUAUCAACAUCUUGGCAGGCCUGAGGGAAGCAUCUGAGGAGUCUGCCGCAGCUGCCUUGCAGGCAAGUCAGGGACCACGCGCAGCUAGUGGAAAGUUGUCUCGAGGGCCCAAGAAGUCUGGAAGCAAGACUGCUUCAGCUGUUGCUGCCAGCACUGAAGAUGCGGACGAAGUCUCCGCGGCACCUUCACCCAGGAUCAGUCUUACCGCGAACAGGCUAUCCGUCAAAGAGAAGACGUCUAGGUCCGGCAGUAUUGCAACAACGCGAGAGGCGUCCGUCAAAGUUGAGGAUGGUGCCGAGUCUGUUGCAAGCAGCGCAGAUGGUGUAUCGACAGCAACCGCAUCCAACAAGCCCUCGGCUCACAGUCGACCUUCUAACCGUCUCGUCUUGAGGCAAGGAGAAAUUGUAUUCUGUCGCCACGAUGCCAAGAACGUGGAUCCCAAGAAUCCCCCCGAAGGUGAGGGCAUUCUUUGCCGUGUUACCAACGUCAUCGGAGAGGGAAAACAGAGGCGCUACGAAGUCCAGGAUGCCGACACGCAAGGAGAGCCUCCACCUCCGCAGCGUGCCUCCGUUUCCCAGCUCAUCCAGAUACCCGGAAACAACAAGGGUCUAAACGAUCUGCCAAGUAGGAAACAGGUGCUUGCACAGUAUCCGGACACCACAACUUUCUACAAAGCCGAAGUUAUUGAACCCUGGAGGGCCAAAGAUCUUGCAAAUGAGAAGGGCGAGAUGGUCAAGCUCAAUUUCCAAGACGAUGAAGCGCCACGGGAAGUUGAGCGACGCUUCGUUCUUACUGAGAAGUGA